AAGUGCCAGAGUGGGGGGUCUGGAGCUGUGUGGGUGCCCCCAGGCCCGCGUGGAGCGCAUGGAGCAGUUCCAGAAGGAGAAGGAGGAGCUGGAUAAAGGCUGCCGCGAGUGCAAGCGCAAACUGGCCGAGUGCCUGAAGAAGAUGAAGGAGCUGGAGCUGGCCGAGCCCGAGAGCGGCCGGGGCGAGAUGGAGAAGCUCCAGGCCGAGGCCCAGCAGCUGAGGAAUGAGGAGAAGAGCUGGGAGAGCAAGCUGGAGGAGCUGAGGAAGAAGGAGAAGAACAUGCCCUGGAAUGUGGACACGCUCAGCAAGGAUGGAUUCAGCAAGAGCGUUUUCAACGUGAAGCCCGAGGAGAAGGAGGAGACGGAGGAGCAGAAGGAGAAGAAACACAAAACCUUCGUGGAGAGAUACGAGAAGCAGAUCAAACACUUUGGGAUGCUGAGGCGCUGGGAUGACAGCCAGAAGUACCUGUCCGACAACCCUCACCUGGUCUGUGAGGAGACAGCCAACUACCUGGUCAUCUGGUGCAUCGACCUGGAGGUGGAGGAGAAACACGCGCUGAUGGAGCAGGUGGCCCACCAGACCAUCGUCAUGCAGUUCAUCCUGGAGCUGGCCAAGAGCCUCAAGGUGGAUCCCAGGGCCUGCUUCAGGCAGUUCUUCACCAAAAUUAAGGGGGUAAAACGCUCUGAUCGGACACGGCGCGUGUGUGAGGAUUCGUGUCUCUUUAAAUCCGCCGCCAUCUUUGAACCGGCCGCGGCUUCACGCGCNGAGAACCGACGGCUGCGGCUGCAGCGGGACCAGCUCCAGCACAGGCUGGAGGCCACAGGGGCAGCUGAGCCUCGGACAGCACAGGGGAGGCCGCAGGAGGAGCUGGUGCUGCUGGAGGAGACCCCCGAGGACCUGGAUGAGCUGCCAGAGGGAGAGGAGGAGGAGGAGGAAGAUCUGGAGCUCUCCAAAGCUGGAUUUAGAGGUUCCACGAGCUCGCCCCCCCAAAAACCCUCAGGACCCCUUGGGGACCCCCCUGGCACCCCCCCAUUGGCCCCCGUGCUGCAGCUCCUCCGCAACCAGCUGCAGGAGAAGGAUGCACUGAUCCGGCACCUGGAGAACGAUUGGGAGCGCAGCCGGGAGCAGCGGGAGCGCGAGGAGCGGCUGCUGGUCACCGCCUGGUACAACAUG